AUGGAGAAAUAUUUGGAGCUUCGCGACAUGUGGGAGAUACCUCGUGAAGACCGCGGUGCAGUAUACAAGGAGCUUCAUGCGAGACUCCUUAAGCGACUUCAUGGAGAUUUUCGCGACAGAGCCAAAGCCUACUUGGUGACAAGCAAGUUAUUGCAGACUGGAAAGCUGGAACGCGACUGCGCAAUACUAAGAACCGCCAAGCUGAUUGGUAUGACAACGACGGGACUAUCAAAGUACCGUGGCUUGACCUCCGCCAUGGAGCUUCGUGUGGUCUUGAUCGAAGAAGCAGCCGAGGUAAUCGAAGCGUCCGUUGCGGCUGCCUGUUUUGAAUCCCUGCAGCAUUCGAUUCUUGUUGGUGACCACAAACAGCUCAAAGAGAGUUUUGCCUUGCAUGAACUUGCCGGGGAGCCGUUUUACCCGGAUGUAUCGAUGUUUGAACGUCUCAUACAAAACAAUUUCCCUUUUGUGAUGCUGCAAGAGCAACGGCGCAUGGCUCCAGAAAUUCGCCAACUUCUGACGCCGAUUUAUGAAGAGCUCCAUGACCAUCACACGGUCUCACUUAUCAAGCCUGUACCAGGAAUGGGGAAUCUCAAACUCUUUUUCUUCACGCACUCAUGGCCCGAGGUGAAUGACAACCUGACAUCCGAAGUCAACGAGAUAGAAGCUCUGAUGGUGUUCGAGCUUUUUGUCUUCCUCUGUGCUUCCGGAACAUCGAGCCAAAACAUUACGAUCUUGACUUUCUACAAUGGCCAGCGAAAGAAGAUCCUCAAAAUGUUGCUGGAAAAUGAAAACACAAGAAGCUGUCUCUCCACGGCCGCGACCGUAGAUUCGUACCAGGGCGAGGAGAAUGAUGUUGUCAUUUUUUCUCUUGUGAGGAGCAGAAGCAGCCAGUCCGACGGAAUUGGCUUUCUAGGGAUUGAUAACAGAGUUUGCCUUGCCUUGUCCCGAGCCAGGCGCGGCCUUUACAUGCUGGGCAAUGCCGCUCAUCUGGCAGGUUCGACUCGUCUCAUCCAUAAUCUGUUCGCACUGAAAAGUGUGUGGCGACUCAACCAUGCUGUGGCACUCAAUGCUUUGGUUUUAGGUGCUGCCCAGCACACUCUCACUCCUGCGGGUGUGUCCUACCACCUGUGGGUGCUCUCGCACUUGAAGGGCUCUCUCUUGGCCAGCUCAACUCGCUGA